UUCAUGAUUCACAUUUCUCCUGAGACAGACUUGAACAAGAAACAAAAAUGCCAAGAAUCAUUCUACUUUUAUGCUGCGUUUAUAUGGCUUUAGCUGCCACAACCACCAAAAGGCCACAUCAUUCCACGCAUGCCCAUCAUCCACAUUCCCACGGAACACGCCCUACUCACGAGGCCUCAGUGGGAGAAUUUUUCUCAUUCUACUACGACUACCACACGCAUGUUUUGUCAGUAAGAUCUGGGCAUACCUGUUACCUGUAUAAAACAAGUUCCCAGGAACAGAUGGACAUUCAUUCGUCACACGGACUUCAUACAAUCGAGAAAAAUGUCAUCGAUAUCAUCGACUCCAAUCCGACUAUGGUCUCCAUAACACACGAUGCUCUGGUUGCUAUGCAUGCAGUACUUGGACAUUUAUGUAACCCGACGCGCUACACCCAUAUUUAUCAGAUUAAUUAG